CGCACUACUCUACGUUCCAGCUGACUUGACAGCUAAAAUGUGACACGACUCGCGAAACAAAAAUAAACAAUUAAAAAUUAAAAAAAAUGGGUGUAUCCCCAGUGAUACCGUAUUUGCACCUGAUCGUGUUGUCUCUACUCUUCAUUACGUGUCAAAGUGUGGAAAAUCAAAAUCUAACUAUACCGACAGCCCCCGUUCUCAACGUCACCAAUGUGGCUUCAGAAGGAGGCACGAUUGCUCUUCCAUCAAACGACACAACUCAUUUGGGGCGUGAGCACAUGAUUAAGGUUAGCCACAACGAAACCCAUGUGGACGCUGAACACAUGAUUAAAGUGAACCAUACGGAAGCUGUGAUCAAGUUACCCCCCUAUGAAGUGGGUCAGAAAAAUGACAACAAGACAAGCGUACCUAAGAAAGACGCUAUUUUGACGAGUAGUCACGUGAAUAAUGUAACAGCAAGCACAAGUAGUGUUACCACUACGACUCCAGUGCCUCACAAGCCGUCGAUAACGAUCGGGGAGGAUGAGGAGCCGCCAAACUCCAACGCAAAACCCCAAUCAAAUGAUACCCAGAAGCACGGAAUUAGUAUAGAGUCGGUGACGCAGAAGAGCAAGAAAACUGACUAUGUGGUGCCUAUUGUCGCAGUAAUUAUGUCUGUCCCUUUGGUAGCUAUUGUUUUUUCCGUUUUAUAUAAACGAGGGGCGGAUUGGUGGCAGCAUAGGCACUAUAGGCGCAUGGACUUUCUCAUCGAGGGGAUGUAUAAUAAUUAAUUGUUUUCCAAAGAUUAUAGGAACUGCUCGCUUUCAAGUAUUAUCUUAUCAUAGCUGUAAAUACCUACUGUGCCUUAAAGAUGCAAUAAUUUUGUGAUACUCUCAGAUAAUAAUUUGUUGAUUCUGUGUAUUUUUCUACUGAAUAAAAAGUGUAGAACGAA